AUGCAUCGCUCCGGCUCCUUUUCAUCCAACCCGUCCCUGUCCCACCCCAGGCUAGCCCGCCUGGCCAACACCGACGACCUUUUUGCUGUCGAAGACCGUGUGGCCAGGAAACCGAAACACGAUCCACAGGGGCCCUUUUAUUUCCCCAACGGCGAGGUUUUUCGCCCAAGAAACGCCCCGCUGCGCCGCCAUAGACCUCCCAAGAUCCACCCUGAAACUCAUGGCCCUCAACCCCCUGCCCAGCCUGUUUACCAGCCAUCGCAUCAGCCAGCUUACCAAGGUCACCCUGGCUACGGUCAGCCAGCUCAGGGCCCGCUGCAGCUUCCGGUAAACAGCUGCGGAUUGUCCAAUUUCAGCGUUCCAGGCAGCCCGAGCGUGGGACCAGGAGGGUUUCCAAACGCUGGCUUCGCUCGCCAGGCUCCAAGAUCAAACUCGCUAGCAUCAAACUCCUCAGCCAAAUCGGCCACCUCCACGGCAACUUCCACGGCUGCUUCGGUGUACAUGACACGCCUGCACUCGUUCCAUAACUUGAAGGCCAAAACCCGCUCUGACUUGACCCAGCUGCUUCGUAAUGCCAGAGUCGAUACCAAUAUCAACAUCGCUAGCCUAGCUCCGCUGACAAAUCCUCCUCCCCAGGCUUCCCGCUCCUUGACCCCAGCGUACCCUUAUACGGUGCCUGUGGUUCACUCUCGCUCCCACCUGCUUUCCAACAACAAGUACCCGGAAAAUUCAUCCAACAUUGUCAAAUCUGAACUGUCCUUGUACCUGGACCGCGGCCGCCAUAGCGCUCUGUCUGACUCCAAAAACUCCAGCUUGUCCAGCUACAACCUCAACCGCUCCAGCUCUACGACUCCACAAACCCUGGUCACGUCCGAGCAGCAAGAAAGAGAUGCCAGCGAGGAUUACAAAGACAAGGAUAGAGAAUCUAAAGAUGAGACUCCGCUCCCUACAUGCCUGUCGCUAGAAUCGAUAAGCGAGGGUGCCACGAAAACGUCGACGUACAUAGCAGACUCGUGCCGGAACCCAGAAGCGUCUCUGGAGUCGUCUCUGGUUCAUUCUUCCACGUCUUUUGCCAGUGCUGAAGACGGAGAUGAAGCAUCUGAGAAAGGACAAGCGAGUGUGCAUGAGGCGCAUUCUGCCAACGGAUUCUCAGCCCCAAACUCACCGACAGCUCAGACCAACUCUUCUUCUUCCACAGACGCAAAAGAGUCCACGCCUGAGGCCCAGCAAUCUGAGUUCAUGUCCGAAACCAAGGUGGUCGACCCAGCUCUGCCCGUAUCGACCCACUCUGCCGCGGAUCGAACCGUGUUCACCAGCGACAAGGAGUCCGCCAAAAAUGCCUCUCCUACAACGUCUCCAGAAGGCUCUCCCAAAGAUUUCCCCGAAGUGUCCUACCAACCAUAUAAAUCGAUGCUACUAGACGACCAAAACGCGUCGGAAUCGCCGGAAUCGUCUGGUCUAAAACACCAGCCGUCUGUUCAAGAUCUGGCGGUCACAAUCUCCCAAAAUACCAACACUUCGAACGAAACUUUGGCCAAGACGCGACCAAAACCUGCCAAUAUUGAUACUAUGAGAGCGCAGAAUUUAGACGAGGAGGUAUUCACGCCGUGUAGCGAGUAUAGCUUUGCUGCAGGCGAGGAAAAACUCAUAUGCAAGCAGGAUCUCCAAGACCCAGAGGACGAGGUUUUCACUGACGCCUACACUGACGAAACGAAACCUAGUAUUAAGCGAGACGCCAGUAUUAGCAACAUUCUUGACGCCUACUCGGAGGAGCCAGUGCACGAAAGCGUACCCAAAUCGGAUUCGCACGAUGCGCAGGACCCGCAGGAGCCUCAGGAACCACUCCAGGAGAGCAUCCAGGCGAGCGUUCCCGAAACGGUAAUUGAGAAACAAGAGGAGGCCAACGCUCCUCACUGUUCUGAGAAGCCUCAGCCGACGCAACCGGCUGAACAUUCUGUUUUGACACCCGAACCUGGGCCUGAAAAAUCUCUCCCUGAGGCUUCGUCCAAUGAUGACACUUUAUAUCAUGAGUCGCCCGAAAUAGACGCUUCUGCCCUGGAAAGCGACACUGAUACAUGCAAGGACCAGAACUCACACAUGGGUCAUCAAGUUGUUGAUGAGCAUAAAGAUGAGCCUGUCGUCGAUGUUGAAUCUGUUCUGGAGCUGACCCCUAUCAAGCCAGCCUUGGCCGAAGAAGCUUCCAAGCCCGAGCAAGAUACAUCCGAUGUCACUGAGCCAGUCGAGGAUGUCGAAGAAACUGUCACAGACGCACCACAAGCUGAAGAGGAGCAUGUCCCACCCCCUCAAGAGUCUACGUUGGAGGAAGGUGAAAAUCUUGAGGUCAGCAGGCUGCCUGAGGAUGGUCUUCCUGAGGCCGCUACACCUACAGCAGAGGUCACCAAGAAACCACCUCCUUCAGCUAUGGGCGACUCACCCCUUCGAAAGCUCGUUGCCAAGGAGCUGGAAAACGGGACUGAGAAGUCAGACAAUUCCUUGAUCAAAAAUCGCCUUUCCAUGCUCAAUGUCGUUAACGUUGAUUUCGAUAAAUCCUUGCCAACUACUCCUGACAAUAUGAAUUUUACUGUCAACAUGCCUGACAGCGUGUCGCCCAAGAAGCUGAUUUCUCCACAAAAGCCUCCCAUGCAGCGCAACAACAGCAUGAGCAAAUCGUUUUCCAUCAACAAUUUCAAAAAGGUUUUUGGCCGAUUUGGAAAUGACAGUUCUGUGAAGGACUCUUCUGAACUGAAACUGUCAAAGAAAGAGUCGUUCGGAAGCAAGCUUCUAAAGAAAAAGACGUCAUUCUCGUCUGAAAGCGAGCCAUACUCUCAUGCCAAUCUGUCAUUCUCAUCACUCUCCACGCAAAAGAAAGGGAAGCGGAAGUUUUUCAAAACUCUCAAGUUCAUCCCUGGCCACAACGUCAAGGAGGAGAUAACUUCGCCAGUCUACAGUGUGAGAUCUAAGGUUCCAUCACCCACUCUUGAAACCUUCUCCGAGGAACCCGCCGCCCCAGUCAAUUCUUAUAGACUUCCAGACUUUGAAUCGGAGGAUGAUGGCUUUCUGGACUUGUUGUUGAAAUUUGAUGAAGUGGAGAAGAAAGCAGAGCUUGAAGACGAACAAAUGAGGAACAAACCCAAGGCGAAUGCCUUUUUUAUGAGAGACGAUGAAUUAACAAAGGCACAGAUUGCCGAUCAACAAAGGAAUGACAAUCAUAACUCCGAUGAAUCUCUACCAGAGAAAUACGACGAAGCCAACAAGGACAAUGCAGAAGAGAUUGAGGAAACCGAUUCUCAUCUGAACAGCCCUGACAUACCCUGGUCCCCAGGAUAUGAUGACUAUGCAUCAGGAUUUAUCACUCCUGAAACUGACGACGGUCCCAAGAGGGUGCAAUCUUUGAAGCUCAACAAAACUCAAUUGCAAGACAUGUUGGACAAGAAAGCUCACAGUAACCACUUCAUUAAACACGUCAGACAAAUGCAGGACAUGGAUCUGGUAGAGAUUAUUGUGGAAGCUUUUAACCCCAACGAGAAAAAGGAAGAUGAGCUUGAGGAGCCAAAGGAAAUGAACUCCAUCUUAAGGGACUCGGCCAUCAACAAUGGCUCAUCAUCGAAAGCGGUCAAGUUCUCGAGUAAGGUGUCUAUCAGCGAAACGUAUCCUUCAUACGUAUACAGAAGGUACAACAAGUCUGUGACGCAGUACUAUCUUACUGAGACCGGCGAGGUGAACAAGAUCAAGAAUGAGUUGAAUGCCUACAAGUGUUACGAGAUGUUGGUACACGAGAAGUCGCAAAACAAUACCCAAUUCUUCUAUUAG